UGUCAAAAUGAAACCUUCAAAUUUGAUUUUUAAAAAGAAUAAAAUCUUAUUUAUUGCCAUAAUACAAACAUGUUCUGCAGUCUGUUAACGCUUUAUUUACAGAUUAAAGGUAAAAACACUGAGUCAGAAGCAAACAGGUGGUCCUACCUGAAGCUGAGAUGCUCUUUUAUUCUCCGUCCAGCAGCUGAACGUCCGGCUAUAAACCCACCCAGAAAGGAGGGGAUGGGGAGGUGGGGGAGGAGGAGAUGAGGUGGAUGUUUCCUCUUUUUCAUUCUGAUCGGGAUACACUCAGAAAUCAUGGAGACAAACAGUCUCAAAAUCUAAACUCCCCACAAUCUUGCUUUCAUCAUUUAUGGGGACUUUUUCAGUCGUUGUGAGGAUUCUGUGAAUUAUGGGGACAUUCAGGAUGUUUAACACGUCCGACUCCAUUUCAGGUUCAAGCCAAGCCAAGCCAAGUUUAUUUAUAUAGCACUUUAAAUCAGUUCCACUGACCAAAGUGCUGUACAGCCACAGAAUUAAAACAAGUGAAACAUGGUUCAGAUUAGAACCAUGUUUGGGUCAGAGCCACAGAGAGGAGGCUGGCUGACGUGUGUCAGUGUUGUUGUGAGUGUGUGUGUGUGAGAGACAAAGACAGAGAGAGAGAGAGUGUAUGCAUUUGUAAUACCUUUUUCCUGACACAUACACAAGGGGAAACGCUGCUUUUGGGUCAGGGAUUAGAUUUAGGACUAAGGUGUGAAUUUAAUUCUGGUUAAGGUUAGGUAUGUAAUGAUUAGGGUAAGGAUAAGGUUUAGGUUAUAGAAAUGAAUGGAAGUAAAUGGAAAGUCCCCACAAAGAUAGUCACGCAAACGUGUGUUUGUAUGAGAGAGACACAGAGUGUGUGUGUGUGUGUGUGUGUGUGUGUGUGUGUGUGUGUGUGUGUGUGUGUGUGUGUGCUUGUAAUUGCGAACGUCUGCUCCUCUCUUAUUGAAGUCCUGGAACAACCUGCGGGCUUCAGAUCUUAUCUCCGGCUCCCUUCUCAACACGCUGCCGCUCUGCUUACACAGCAGCAGGACACACUUCAUGUAUGUUGUGUUGGCACACGAUCCACAUACAAGCAGAGAUUAAAGAGAUGUAGCAGAAGGUUAAAGGUCAGAUGUGAUCCAGAUGACGAGUAUGUCUCUGUUUUAACGUCAGCACUGAUCAGUUUCCAAAUCGUCCACUACUGCUCAUCCUUCUGGCAGCAGCCCCGUUUGGGUCAGCGGUACAGGGCUGGAGAUAAUGUCAGGAAGCCCCAGAACACCGGGGGCCCCAGGAGGGCCACCAGGAGGGCCACCAGGGGGCCACCAGGAGGGCCACCAGGGGGCCACCGGGGCACCCAGCAACCAGACAACAGGGCACUGAGGAGCCUCCAGCUACAUUAGCCUGACAGAGCAGGUGUUCUGAGCUGCUGAUAAUGACCAGACCAGAGGAGAACCGGCUCCUCUGCAGGUUCAUCUGCAGAGGAAGUGGGCGGGGCCAAAGGAAGACGCUUCUCAAAGGCUGUACCUGAUUGGAUGAACAAAACGAAGUCAAAACAAUUGGCCAGUUGGGUUUGUCAUCAUAGAUGUUUCUCAGUGACUACAUCUGAUUGGACAAAAUUAACAUCUGUUAAUUAAAUUUCAAAAUAAGAGCAUCAACAUCAACCACUGUUUUAAUAAGUUACUGUGGAGAUUUUUCAAAGAUAUCUACAAGUAGUGAAGGCUAAAUAUUAAUGAAAUGGUGAGUUUCAUUUGUUUAAUGAAAUUAACUAAAUAAACAAAAUGUAAUCAAUCAAUCAAUCAAAUUUUAUUUGCACAGCACAUUUCAGCACCAAGGCAUGCAGCAUAGAAUUGAUAAUCAAAACAUCACAUUAAGUCGAUGCGUUUCUGAUCAACUAACCAGGAGCUCAGUGUUUCAUCUGGGUGAUAUAGAUCUGGUGUUACGUAGAUCUGUGUGAUGUAGAUCUGGUGUUAUGUAGAUUUGGUGAUGUAGAUCUGGUGUCAUGUCUCCAACUCCCUGGUUCUGGUCAGAACAGCAGCAGCUUCUGGAUCAGCUGCAUCUGGACGGUUGAUUUGUUGGUCAGACCUGAUGAGACGCUGCCAUAUGGACAUCACACCAACAACAGCGUGUAUAUUUUGCAGUAAGGUUCAGUAAUUGUGUGUGUGUGUGUGUGUGUGUGUGUCAGUGUUACAAUGUUGUUGUUUUAACAAGAUCAUAUUGCAAGCCAACGUUACUUCAGGCUUUCAUCAGGUCAAAGGUCAAAGGCAGGAGGUUGGGAGAAGCAGAGCUUCAGUUUCAUUCUUUCAUCUCUGAGUCCAGACGGACGGAUGUCAGAUUUUCUCUCUGAUCCUGUUCUUUCAUGAAACGUUUUCCAGUUUUUUGAGCUAAUUUAAAUGAGUUUGUGUUUAAAUCUGGAGAUUAAAGCAGCUUCCUGUAAUCCCGUCUAAGCUCCGCUCCUUUCUUCUUCUUCUCUGCUGACAGAAACAAACUUCCUCACUCCGUUAGAAGAGCUCCUGAGGUUUAAAUCUGUUUUCAUCAUCGGUUAACUCGGCUUUAAUCGCCCGCAAAAAGCCGCACAUCCGCCGCUGGAGCGCCGCAGCUCCAGCCUGAUGAGUCGCCAUGGUGACCUCAGGACCACAUGAAGGGAAAACCACACACGCCUUCAAACGCAGCAGUGCUACCUGCCCGGCUCCCCAGGUGUGUUUUAAUCUCUCUGCGGUCUCUGUGGUGUCGGGUUUCAAACGGCCGCCUCACCUGAGGCCUUCCAGGAAGGAAGCGAAGGCGGCGCUGUCCCGCCGACUGAUGCGGUCGAGCUUCAAAAGCCACGCCAGACUUCUGAGGCCCUGCCGGCUCAGCGGAGACGGAUCAGAGGCAGCGCGGCGCUAUAAAACCCCACGGCUCCUGAAGGCAGCGCAGCACUCACCUGGCUGGCUGGGAGAGAGGAGGAGGAGAAGAUCCUGAGGAAGAGGAGAAGAUCCUGAGGAAGAGGAGAAGAUCCUGAGGAAGAGGAGAAGAUCCUGAGGAAGAGGAGAAGAUCCUGAGGAAGAGGAGUGUCUUCAGAGGAAGCGUGGGCUGAUGGAUCACAGGAUGUGGAUCUACCGCAGCUUCCUGUGCGCGUCGCUGGUCUGCGGUUUGGCGCUGGACUCCAACACCAUCCGGUCGUCCAAAGAGGCGGCGCUGCAGAGCGCCGAGCAGCAGAGGGGAGGCUGCAGCAACAGAGCUCAGAGGAGACACUCCUCCCACACCGACCGACAGCUGGACCGACAGCAAGUCAAAGACAGAACCACAGACAGCUUCAACAGAACCAAAGCUCCAGAGAUGUCGAGCUGCGUCCGAUCCGGGGACUGCGCCGCCGGCCUCUGCUGCGUCCGGUACCUGACCGGGAAGCGGUGCCAGAGGAUCCCGCUGGAGGGCGAGGCCUGCCUGCUGCGGGGCGCCACCAAGCGCCGCCGCAACCUGGGCCGCUGCGACUGCGCCGCCGGCCUGGGAAAACCCAAUAAACGUUCACAUGAGCGGCUCAAAAACUGGAUCAGAACUCAGAGUGGACCCAAACACCUGAUCUGGUCCAACCUGGCAGAACCAGAGCUGAACCAGAACCGUUUGGUUCCAGACGGGACUGAACCAUGA